GAGGAAGACAAAAACAAAAUCCAGAACCCCCUGGUCGUCGCCAGCGAAAACUUCGCGAAACGGGAACGCACGCAGCUGAAGGAGUUCGUGCUAAAAAUGCGGAAGUUUUACCGAAGAAAGAAGUACGCGUUUGAAGCCGUCACCGGGAUAGCGACGCCGGCGCUGGAAGACAAUGUUGAUGACAAAGACGGCGCUGACAAGGACAUGAACCAUGCCGAUGGAACAACGAAUGACGCGGAAGAUCAAAAAUUUAAGCUCUCUUCUUCUCCAGGCUCUUCUUCCAACUCCGGAAAUAAUAAUGACGGCGGGGGUGACAAAAAUAUGGAGCUCGCUGUGGUGUCCACCAAAAAAGCCGAUCUACAUAUCAACGAGCCGUACUCGCAAGAGAAAAAACAGAUGCGGGACUGGUUCGAGAAGAAAAGGAGCGAGUUUCUAAACGCGAUCUUCGACACCAAAGGCUCGAUGCUGGAGGGGCAGGAAAAGGAGGCGUUCAUGAAAGCGAAAGACAUGAUGACGCACCGAGGAGUCCCAGACAUCCUGCCCAGUGAGCAUCUGGUGCUGGAAGCGCUCUGGCUCAUGGUGUGGGAUUGCGUGUUGCCCGACCCGGAAGAGGAGACGGAGGGGAAAAUGCGUAUAGAAAAUCUUAAUAUGUUGAUUAUUUCUCCUGAAUUGUUGAGACGUAAUGCUGGUGGUGCACUUUUUCUUUUUGCAUGUCAAAAGGGCCGCCUUCGAUUUACUUUUGUUGUAGCGCCGCGAGGGCAUCAUGUGAGUGUUGAGAAAAUCAAAAUUUUAUCUAGAAUAUCGAAACCUAUCAACUCUUCCACAGUCCAAGCUAUGCAGGCCGAUCUUGCUUCGCCGCGUGACGCCAACGACCCGAUUUUGUCCAAAUUGAAGCAGGACGCCCUACCAAAAGGAAAAAUCCCCCCUCCCCAUAUCAAAACGAAGUUUCUGAUCAUGUUGGAUUUGCGUACACAAAUCAGAUUUAUCUUGCUGGAGAGGAAUCAAUGCAGGCCUAUAAUAUACUAUGCCUGAGUAGGGAGGUUUUGGGCUAGGCACUGAGCAUGGCAGGCGACUAGUCUGUAGGGCCAACCGCAUCACAAACCGCCUGCAAAAUGCGGCGGACGCUGUGGAGUUGCGUUCUUGCAAGACAGAGACGAUUUGUGGCCACAAAUCAGCAUUGCAAAUUUUCUACGAUGUAUCUUUUCGGUUUGGGGAGGGGGAUUUUUCCUUUUGAUACGCCGAGGACCUGAUCAACAUGCAGCAGGCGUUGAAGAUAUCAAGCGUAAAAAUGUCUGGGUCUGGAAGAAUUCAUGUCUGUCAUGCUUGUCUGGCAUGAAUCUUAAAUCUGUCAUGCACGUUACCCAAGAGCUCCGUUUUUCUGUGAUGCAGAAGCGCAGUUUGUCAUACAGAAUAGGCAACACCUAGGAGCUCAGAAACUUGUCAUGCUGAGCCAGCAUUUGUAGCCUGGCCCCAUCAUGAGACGCCACCCAGCAUCACAAUUUUCCAGACCCAGACACUUUUACAUUUGAUAGAAGAUCGGGAAAAGCGAGGUCGUCGCCUCCCUGCUCGCCAUGGCGGAGGAGGAGCUGCCCGCGUCGGUCUUGUCCGGCAAGGCGUCGUUGGUCCCCAACAUCGAGAGCUCCCCCGUGCGGGGGCAAGCGACUCUCGUCCGGCCGUCCGCCAUCGCGAGUCCCAGUGCGGGGCAGUACGGAGCCCGGAUCAAGCAGUCGCCCGCCCCGAACACGACCAACGCGAUGGAAGACAGCGAAGGAGGCGGCGGAGGGAACUACCCGGGGAUUAACAGCAAACACGCGUCGAAGAACUCGCUCAGAUCGGACAAAUCGAGCGCUGCCAAAAGGAGAAAGUUGAUGCAGUUGUCCAGACGGGGGAGUAAAUUCAACGAGACGAGUGGUACGAGAGCAGUAGACAAUCAUCUUCACGACGCAACAAGGAGCAAGAAAACCGCGAGUGUUUCUGCCUCUGCGCACGACGAAUUGUCGAAGCACAUCGUGCCCGGGCGGAAGCAGCCACACCCAGACAAGGAUCGGCUUGGGCUGUUGUGCUUUUUGGAUGAGUUGUCCGACUCGGAUGAGGAAGACCUGGAGCCGGCCGACGCGGCCGGCCGGGUGAUGGUGCAAUCCAGUCCGAACAUGAUUCUCGAUAGUCCGAAAAUGAUGCUUGGUGCGGCCGCGAGUGGUAGAAGUGGUGGCGUAACGACCGACCUCCGGGACGAGAAACUGCGCCAUCCGGAUCGGUUUCUCCUCCCACCCGCUUCCAAGGCGCGGGCUCUCGCCGAGGGCCCGGAGAAAUUGCUCCAACUUCUCGUCGACGUCGCGAAACACCACAAGCUGCGGCCGAAGCAGCCGAGACGGAAGAAUUUGCUCCUGACCGCCAUGGAAUUGCUGUGCAAACGGGCCGCCGAGCAGAUCCAAGCCACUCAGCAGGCGACGAAACUGUUUUCGCCCCUGGAGGGGAUGACAAAAAUCUACGCGCACCUCAUCGCGAAGGAAAUCAAGAAUCUGGACCAGCACCCGGAGGUGAAAAAGCAUUGGGGAAACUUGAUCGCGCAACUGUACAAGGAGUACAACCCCCAGAAACUUGAAUCCGUGCCAGAACUGCUCGUGAAGUACCACAACAAGGAGCGGCUGCUUUAUCUCGGUAUAAUUAUGGUCUAAUGCUUAUGCUCAGCACAGCAAGGGCAGGACGAGGUUGUCUCCAUUUAUGUCGCAGAAGUGCGAUAAAAAACUUUUCUUCGUGAUGCAAAAGUUCUUGAGCAGGCGCGUUGAUCCUUGUAUGCAAAGUGAAAGUUGUCGAAAUAAUAUAUCAGGUAUCUGCGACAAGUACCAGGUGCAACCCCGGUCUGACCUCCCCGAGGAAAUCAAGGCCAGGGUGAACGGCGACGCAAUUACCCCCGGCAUGGCGAAACCGAACCUGCAGCCGCAUUUUCCCUUGAACAACAAUGAUUAUGGAGCGGCUGGGGCACCUCUGGCGAACGGGAUGAACAACGCGGGCAACAAUACCACUUCUGCAAUGGCAAACGGCACCGCCACAGGAUCGGGGUCCUCUGCGACCUCGGGGGACGACCAAAUGAAUAACGCGAAUGACAACAACGAGCGGAUUUUCCUGGAUGAAAUGAACGACGACUAUUUCAAAGAGUUCCAAGAACUUUAUUUCUCGGAGCUCGUGAAGCUCUACGAGCGGUUCAACCCGAUGAAGAUCGACAAGAUUCGGCCGAUAUCAAAUGUAAAAAUGUCUGGGUCUGGAAGAAUACGCGAUUUGUCAUGCAGCUUUUCCAUGACCCAUAAGGUCUGGAAUGCAGGACCUACCAUGACAGAUUCUGCGCGAUCUCUCUCAUGCCAUUCCUGCAUGAGAAACUCCCUCCCGACUUGGUCAAAACUGGACGACUUUUGGUAAUCAUGCAACACAGAUUUUUGCAUGCUUCAGAUUUAGCAUGAUAAGUUGCACUCUUCCAGACCCAGACACUUUUACAUUUGAUAGCCGAUGCUGGAGAAGAACAGGACCCGGGAACAAUUGCUUUUCGAGGGUGUUUAUCCUGUGCAAAAGUAUCGUACUCGUACUGAUCGCAUUCAUGCAUUACAAAUUUCAUUCUCAGGUUAAAUCCGCAUUGCAAAUUUUCUUUCAUCUCAUGCUGAGUCAUGCGAUUUAUACUAGUACGAUACUUUUGCAAUGCAUAGGGUUUGUGACAAAUACGAAAUCAAGCAAACGGACGAGUUUGCGCUGCUGAAUUUGCCUCUGCAGCGGAAAAUCGCGGUGCUGAAGAUCAAGCACACGAUAAAACGCAUUUUCGAGUUGAAAAACCCGGAAAAACUGUCAACUCUUCAGACGGUGAUGCAGAAAUACCACGGAAAAGAGGAAAAAUUGUACACUGCGGUGUGCACGAAAUAUUCGGUUAGCGAAAACGACUUAUUGAUUCGGGAAUUGAAGCAGUGCCGCGACAACGCGGAGAAAAAGGAGAAUAAUAAAGAAGAAAAGCUGGAUAAAGAAAUCGGCACUAAGAAUAAAGACGCAGCUGAUAAGGACCCUUUGACCGCGAAAGAGAGGAAAAAACAGGAAAAGCAGCGCACGGAAAAGUUGAAGGCGGCGAUUAAGGACAUCUACAAGCAGAAAAACCCGUCGAAGACAAAGGAAUUGUCGAAGACUAUUUUUCCGAAGUACUUGAACCGGGAGCACGAGUUGUACACAGCAUUGUGCAAGAAGUACGACAUCCCCGUCGAUAAGAAGCUUUUGCCGACUGGUGGUACUAGCUCUUCGAAUCAAGACAAUGCUGACGGUGACUUCGGUCCCCAGGUCGCGAUGAAGGCCGCGGCGAACAACAAGGACAACAACAAUAAAGCUGGAACAACAACAUCAAAUCUCCCACCCGAUAAUUCGGACGAGGAGCAUUCCGCCGCGAAGCCGGACAGUGGGCUGGAUUACGAGAAACUCAUCUACGAUUUGUACAAAGAGCACAACCCGACCAAACUGGAAGAUCUUCCUGCUCUGCUCCAAAAAUACGAGGGGCAGCAGGACGAACUGUACGAACGGGUGUGUAAAAAGUACAACGUGGAGCCGAUCAAGCCGCAACUACAAUCCCCCGCCCAGUCUUCCGUUGCGGACCCGAGCGAAGCGCCGGAAGACGAGCUGAAAGGGCCGUUUGACGACGACCCGAAGUACUUGCAGUAUGCGCUGGAUGUACUGUGCAUUCUACUGCGGUCCUUGUCCAACUUGUUUCACAUGAACGCAAAUCUGCACUUGCCCUACAACCAGUCCGCGACCAUGCUGAAGGCUUUGCAGAAACAGAAAGAAGUGGUGCACAAGAAGAACGGUAUGACAUUGUUCUUUCUUUGGAUACUUGUGCCUGCACUUAUAACAGUAAAAACAGGUCGAGGUCAUGAGGUGCAACAAGUGCUGCUGCGCGUAGUAAGUACUACUGCCAUCUCGAUCUUCUACCUCUGGUGUAAUGUAAACCGAUGAAAAAUGUUGCACAUUGUUCUUGCAAAACCGUAGUAAUAGUAAAUCAUUUGUAUUGACAGACCGGUCCUACAAGUCUCUGUACAAAUCCUCCUGGGAUCUCUCCGUCCUCCCCCCGGACCAACUCCGCGACCUGCAACUGGCGUUGAAGCCUCGGAAGAUGCGGGAGCUCGAGGACAAACUCGGCAGCCGGGUGUUCCUCAGCUACCAAAAUGACGUCCUGGAACUCAUAUGGAUUGUAAAAAUGUCUGGGUCUGGAAACUUGUGAUGCUGGGUGUCGUAUCAUGAAGAGCCCACAAGUGCUGGCUCAGCAUGACAAGCUUUUGAGCUUCAAGGUGUUGCCUAUUCUGCAUGACAAACUGCGUCCCUGCAUGACAGCAAAAUCGGGCUAUUGGGUAGCGUGCAUGACAGAUUUAUGAGUCAUGGCAGACAAGCAUGACAAACAUGCACUCUUCCAGACCCAGACAUAUUUGCAUUUGAUAACUCAAAGGGUCCAACAAGCAGCAGAUGGACCAGGCCAUCCUGCUGGUCUCCCGCCUCUUAUGCACUGCAAAAGUAUCGUGCUAGUAUAGAUUGCAAUACAAAUUGGCUCAGCAUUACAAGUUGAAUUUGUUUUGCAGAUUUGCCUUGGGAACUAGAUUUGUAAUGCAUAAAUGCAAUUAGUACGCUACGACUACGAUACUUUUGCACAGGAUACCUCUUGGACGACAUCAACGGCGACAGCGACUUGGAGUCCGACAAAGACUACGGCUGCGACGAGUCGACCACCUGCCUCUACACCGCUUGCACGGAAACCUACCACGGCGACGACGUGCUCCCCAUGUACGUGAACCGCCAAAACAUCCUCCUGGACAUCCGGAUAUGAAUUGCAAAAGCAUCGCAAUAGCAUGAAUUGCAUUACAAAUUUGCUCAGCAUGAGAAAUGGAAUCUGUAAUGCUGCUUGACGUUAGGAAAAAGAUUUGUAAUGCAUAACUGCAAUUACUACGAGUGCGAUGCUUUUGCACUGGAUACCGGACCCCCUUCGACCAUUUGCGACACAAGUACAGCUGCAGCAUCCGGUUCGACUACCAGGAGCCGGUGCUACCCGCGGAACUCCGCGACAAGCCGGAGGAGGACAGAACCCCGAUCGAGGACUUCUUCGAAGACGGCAUCACGCCGGAACGGCUCAUGGCGCUGCAGAAGGAAAUCCACGAGGACGCUUUGCUACCCUUGUUCAAGGACGAGUGGCUGCGGAACCUGAACGCGAAAAAGAUGCGCAUGAAGGGCGGGAUCGUUUUCAACCUGGAGUUAUGGAUUGUAAAAGUGUCUGGGUCCAGCACCUCUGGAAACUUGUGAUGCUGGGUGACGUAUCAUGAAGAGGCCACAAGUGCUGGCUCAGCAUGACAAGCUUUUGAGUUUCUAGGUGUUGCCUAUUUUGCAUGACAAACUGCGUUUCUGCAUGACAGCGAAGUUAGUGUGGCUCUUGGGUAACGUGCAUGACAGAUUUAUAAGAGUCAUGCCAGACAAGCAUGACAAACGUGCACUCUUGGAGACCCAGACAUAUUUGCUUUUGAUAGGAGUUCGACCGGCGGGCCAACACGUUGGCGUUGAUCGCGGUCGCGAAGUCGAAGGUGGCUCUGGACUAUGGAAGUGUCAGGAUUGAAAUCGACAAAGUUGAAAUGAUUUGUCAUGCAUAAAAUGGAUGCCAGUUGAGUUGGAAGCCCACUUAUCAAGCGGCGCAUGACAAAUUUUCCGAGCACCGGAAUCCAUUUUGUGAUGCUGUUUGGGCGCAGAAGACUGCUUUUGUCAUGCGAACUUAGUAGCUCUAUUACUAUUUCAAACCCUAAACAGGCUCACAAUCGGCCUCGCGUGCUAUCCCGGCAAGACAGGCACUUCAUGCCUUGCAUUUUAUGCAUGACAAAUCAUUUCAACUUUGUCGAUUUCAAACCUGACGCUUCCAUAUAGACCGGAUCGCGGAUAAGGUGGGGGAGGCCUUGGAGCAUGGCGCGAAGUACCAGUAUUUGCCCUUCGUGGACCGGGACAAGCUGAAGGAAAUGAGUGUCGGGCCCUUCGGCCCCGCGUGGAUCCGAACCGACGUGCACUUUCCGCCACCAGUCAACCAGAAGGCGAUCCGCAGUUAUCACCAGUCGCAACACCAGCAGGCGGUAAUAGAAUGAAAAUUUCGUAUAUGAUUUGUCGUGCUUUAUUGGUAGGAACAACCAGUGUCAGUGAAGAACCUAUGUGUGGUGCCUCAUGUUUAUGUUCUCAUGCAUGUUUCCUAAUUGAUUUAUCGACUUCGAAACAAAACAGAUCCACCGCGACGUUUCGUACACGUCUGAUGAGUUCGAGCCGGAACACGAUCGAAACGAGGACACGACCGCCCCCGACAACGUAGAAGAUGAAACCCUUCUCGACCACCGGCCGUUAAAAUUGACCCGGCAGAUGAUUUUCAACCACAUCCAGAAGCAGAAAGCGCGAUAUGAAAAUACCAAUGAGGUUCCCAUGGGCGACGACAAACACACGAAGUUGAACAUCAGGAACUUAAUCGAUUUCCAGACUUAUCAACUGUAAAAAUGUCUGGGUCUGGAAGAAUCCAACUUGUCAUGCUGAUUUUGGAUUCUAAAAAAAUCUGUAUUGCAUGAGCAGCAAAGAGAGUCCAAGUUUUGCUACACGGAAAGAGCAUUUGUCAUGCGGUAUAGGCAUCAGGAAGCCCUCACAAAAUCUGUGAUGCUAGGGCAUGCAUCGCAGACAUCAGGAGUCAUGCAAAAUGUGCAUGACAAGCCUGGCAAUCCCAAUCUUCCAGACCCAGACAUUUUUACAUUUGAUAAGACCGACACGCUGCACGACUGGGGCAAGGUGAAGCAGAGACUGGACAACGCGGUGUUCGACCCCACGGCGGAGCAGGGGACCAAGCAGUCCAUCCGGGAAAGACGAGCCUGGAAGUACUGCAGCAAUCCGUGGUUGGAGAAGAAAAUUGAGGAGAACUACCGGGAAAACGCGGUGUGCGUGAACUGCCACGAGUUUGGCCACACCAUCGAGGAGUGCGAUAAGCCGUGCCGGUUCACGAAGGUGGACUUGGCAAACGCGGAGCCGGAAGACCGGACGGAGGACGCGCUGUAUCGGAGGGUGGAAGAGGCGGUGGAGAAGCUGGCGAGUUGGAGAACCAGCGAUACGUGUGUCACGACAAGGUUCUCGAUGUUCAAAAUGCAACAACUACUCCACAAGUUGAAGCAGUGGGGCGGCGUGAGUGUCGAGGCGUUGCGCCGAAUGCACCUACCGCCGGAGAAAAUCACCGCUUUAGUGGAUGAGAUCACGGUGUUGUCACAGUCGGGGUUGGUGUUUCCGGCCGAAGUCGACCCCUUGUGUCAAGUAUCAUUUGUAAAAACGUCCCCACCCAAGAGUUGUAAUGCAAAUCUGCAUGCUGAAAAUGUUUCUCAUGCAGAGACCCAUGAGAAGCAGUCUCUAGUCGUGUUGUGGGAUUUGUGAUGCUAGAAUCAUCAUGAUAUGCUAGAACUGUGAUGCUGCUGAACAAGCUAAACAGGAUUACACUGCGAGGCCUAACUUGUCAUGCGCAACAGCAAAAGCUGACAGAUUUGUCUAGCAGAUUUCCCAGCUUGACUCUGGUGUGGGGACGUUUUUAUUCAGGAUAUCAAGCGCUGUUGAAAAACCCCAUGCUACUCCACGACCAGACGAGCCUGACCAACGCCCAGAAUUACAAGGGCCAAAGAGACGCGUUCGGGGGGCGGCAGCCGCCGUUACCAGUGCAGCCUUUGUCGGAAUUUAUCGUGCGAAAAAAGUGUUUCACUGUAAGGAUUUUGCAAGUUUGGCAUGACAAGUUCGUUACACAUGACAGGGAAAACUUGCCAUGCGAGGUUCCUAAGGGAAAACACAGCUAAAAAUCGCCUGUCUUGCAUGUGUAGCAAGACAAACACUUCUGAGAUGCAGUUUCUGCAUUACAAGUUUACAGUGAAACAGUUUUUUCUUGCGAUAGAAUUCCGGAAGGAGCAGGGGAUUCCAGACCCGCUGACGACCGCGAUCAAGAUAUCCUGAGUAAAAACGUACCCACACCAGAGUUGUAAUGCAGAUUUGCAAAGACAGGAAGACUUGUAAUGCGCAUCCCCAUGAGAGCCAUUUCCAGUCGUGUUUUGGAAUUUGCGACGCUGUGAACAGGAUGAGCAGAUGAAUCUGUGAUGCGGCUGCACUUGCUAACCUGCACUACACUGCAUAGCGCAGCUUGUCAUGCGUGACUCACAAAACUCCUAGGCUUGUGUUGCAAAAUCCCCAUCCUGACUCUGGUGUGGGUACGUUUUUACUCAGGAUACAAGAACGCAAGUCACAGUAGCUCGUCGUCUAGCGGACCAGGAGGUCCGGCGGGAACCACCACCGCGGCGGCAUCAACUGCAAAAACCCUUGCGCCGACCCUAUCGCCCACGACAACCGCGGCAGCGGCCUCCUCCGGCGAUGUUGCGACGGUCCAUCCUGACAGUCCGAACAAAAGAAGGGAUUCGCUGUUCCCAGAUUUCUACAACGACGACGAUAUGAGCAGUAGCGACGAAGAGGAUAGCUUCCUUAUUCCGAGUCUGAGGAAAAAGGAAGGCGAGCCGAGUUCUGCAAAGAAUAACAACACAUCAUCUUCGGGCCAAGUAAAUGAUCAAAAUGCAGGAAACGCCGACAAUAACAACAAGAACACCGGCGCAAAUACUAAACCUUUAUCUGACCUGAAACCGGAGCCGCCGAUUCACGGCCCGCCGCCGGUUCCAAUCAGCGACUGGAAGCACGUGGAGAAGAUCUUUUUAGAAGACUACCUGCAACGGUAUCUCUACGGCGCCAAUGUGAUGUCCCGGAUUUUGGGGAGGGGCGGUGGGAACCAUAAACUAAUGGAGCAAGAAUCCGGAACCCGGAUAUAUUUCCGCGGGGUCGGGAUUUCCCCGGAUUUGCGGAAGUUUCCGGAAUUGGACCAGUUUUGCAUAUGCAUUGCAAAAGUAGCAUCGUACUCGUAUACAUGCUAGUCUUGCAUCACAGAUGUAGAUUCUGACCCUAUGCCGCUCCGGCCCCUGCGGAGGCUUGCCUCCCCAGCGACGCCGGACAAUGGCAAUGUCGGCGCGGUUGUUUUAGCAUCGCAGAAGAUGUAGAUUUAUACCUGAAUCACCAUGACACAUUCCACUUUUCAUUUUGGAAAAAUUAUUUGCCAUGCGAUUUAUACUAGCACGAUACUUUUGCAAUGCAUAUUACAACGACAGCAGCAAGAUGAUCUGGGACGACGACAUUGAGAGGGACCGGCAUAAUGGCCGGGUCUCGAUCACGAGCUCGGUACUACACAGGGACGGGACAAUCACGUCGAGAACCCAAACGGAAUACGCGGACUCGGAGAAGAGGCUGCACAUGCUGGUGCGCGCGGAGUCGCCCGAGCAGGUGGUCAUCGUGAAGAAGAAACUGAAGGAAAUCAUGGAAAACAUCGACUUGGGGCUCCAAGUCGACGCCAGAAUCCAGGAUGUUUUCAACACGAGCAACCAACAAAAUCACGACCAGGGCGGGCGAAACUCGGGAAACAACCUCCCCGCCGGCCCCGAGCACCAUCCCUUCUACCCAAUGGUCCCCUUCGAGGCGAUCUACACCACGGAAGUUCCGGUCCGGGAGAUCAAAAAGGACUGGAAGUUUCAGUUCCCGGCUUCCGAGGAAUUUAAACCGCUCGCCGCGAAGAUCGACCGGUUCUGCAAGGGAUAUUCGAAAGAAGUGGACAACUUUGUUCAAUUCGCGAAGACCUUCGCGGAGGAGCAACAGACGUUGACACAGCAACAAGACGCAGCAGCACAAGCACUUCCUGACGUCGAUAAAAAGAACCCCAACGCAGAAGUUGAUGAAGACGGCGAGGAAAACGAAAAUAAUGGCAGCGGCACGACGACCAGCGCGACCGCCGCGAAGAAGAUGACGAAGAAGCAGAGGGAAAAGGAGCAGCAGGAGAAUCUGUUGAAGGAACUGGAGGAGCCGAAGGACUUGGUCCGAACCAAUUGGUUCGGGAAACCACAACUGAGGUCCGAAUUCCAGAACAACAUUUUCGAAAUCCCGGGGUUGGACCUGCCGGAUUUCGAAGCCUGCGGCGAUCCGGAAUUCAACGACAUCAUAAACGCGUUCAUCGCCAUGCUGUCGGACUGGCAGCUAUCCACAGUAAAUUUCCCGUACACGACGUACAAAUGCGGUCUCUGCAUGACAAAACAUGGCUUCGAUCCUACCUUAGCAUGACAAGUUUUACGGCGCCCUAUAUUGGUGAAAUUUGUGAUCCAUGCAUCUUGUACAUCAUGUACGGAAAAUUUGUAUUGCAUAGUAGCGCCCGUACUGGUUUGAGCCGAAUGAGUUGAUCGCCACACAAUCGUUAGUCCACGGUCCGUAUGAAAUGUAAAAAUGUCUGGGUCUGGAAGAUUCUGAAAUUUCUCAUGCAUGUUUUGCAUGACCCAGGAUGUCUGUAAUGCACGACCGCGCAUCACAGAUUUUGAGAGGGCUUCCUGAUGCCUACUCCGCAUGACAAACGCCCUCCCCGCGUAGCACAAACUAGACUCCUCUUGCGGGUCAUGCAAUGCAGAUUUUUCUAGAGUCCAAAGUUAGCAUCACAAGUUGCAAUCUUCCAGACCCAGACACUUUUACAGUUCAUAGCCCGGUGGAGGUCCCGGAGGAGGCGAAUUUAUUGAAAUUAAUCGACCAGGCGGAGAACGCGAAUUCGCCAACAGCGGGUGGCUUGAAGAGAACUGGGUCCUCUAAUAGACCCGGUUUGAGCGGCUCCUUGAAGGGGAAGGCGGCGUCGACGCUACUCGCCGCACUACCCAAGCCGAAAGCAGCGAUGGCAAAGCCAGCAGGAGCAGGUGCUAUUGUGAAAAGAAGUAAUAAGUUGCCUCCAAAUAUUUCCGCGAUUGUGAAGAAGAAGAUGAAGAAGUCGAGGAAAGCGCGGCGAAAUCGCUACAGCAACAGCUGCUUCGCGAACAGUUUGCUCGCCGGGCACCAUGUUGCUCUGUCCGACGCCGCGGUGGACCGGUUCGCACGGGUUUUGUUUCAGUCCGGACUUUUACCCUCAACUGUGACGAGCUUCAAGCAGGUCGCUGACGGGUUGCGUGCCGCGCGCGGGGUGGUGCGGUGUGAGAAGCACGAUGAGGAGUUGUUGAUGAUGAUGAAGUACCCCUGGGCGGUGUAUUCGGAUUUGCACAAGUCCCAGUCCGUGAAAGACAAGGUCGGAUACCCCUCAGGGCUAGCGGAUGUCCACAAAGAGUUGAAAAUGCUCGGCAGGAAAGCGCCCGUGGAGAUCGUGGUGGAAGAAGAAGGCGCCUUGGAAACAAAUUUCGGCACCGCAGCAAAUAGUAAAAUCGGCCCCAUACCCUCCCCCCAUGCAUCCCCGAGACAGUCGCCGAAAACCGGUGCGGUUGUGCCGGCCAAGGCGACAGGAGCUGCGAGCAAGCCGCUGAACUCCCCGCAAAUGUCCGCUGCACCUCAGGUGGAUAAAAAAAUCACGGCAACCACCAUGUCUGAAACCACACUCGCGCUGCAGCGACCGGUGGGGAACAGGAAGACCCAGCUUUGCUACUACGGCUACUUGGUCGACUGGCGGUUGCCCAACCCGCCGAUGGAACAGAAUCUGUACGCGCAAGAGCACGGGCUGGACGCGCUGAAGAUCGACCAGCCGGAGGCGCCGAUCAUCCCGCAGAGACCCAAACAGCCGGUCAUCGAUCAACAAGCAGUAGCCGCGGAAAACCUGCAGAAGGCGUCGAUGGCAAAGGCAGUGUCGAAAGCAGCGGUCGUCGACCCGCCGGCAGCUGCCAAAAGUGGUGGCGCGCAGACUGGUCCUUCUGCACCUGCCGGGCUGGUGGCCGCGGGGUCACUACCACAGCAGGGCAUGAUGAACAACAAUAAUCCGAUGAAUCAACAGCGAAUUAUGAAUGCAAACAACAACCCGAUGAUGAAUCAGAUGCAAAAUAACAGCGGGCAAAAUUACAACAUCAACCAGCCGAUGAUGAUGAACAAUCAGCAGACUAGCAACAUGAUGAUGGGCAUCAACCCCGCCAACAACAAUAGCAACCUGCCGCCUAAUCCCAUUCAAGCGACUUCCGCGAAAGCGCCGGCGUUGCUGAUGGUCGAACGCGAGAAGCAGAUUGGCGAAAAAACGGGCAUCACCGCGAAACUGGUGGAUGCGGGUGCCGCGCAGAACAUCGUCGUGUUGGAGAGCGAAAGAGAGGAGCAACGAAGACGACAAGAGGAACUGGCAAAGAAGCAGGCCGAAUUGGAGCAAAAGAGGAAAGCGGAAGAGGAGAAAAAGCGGAAGGAGCAGGAAGAGGCCGAGAAAAAGAAGCGCGCCCAGGCGGAAAUCGCGGCGCUCGCGAUGCAGGCGAUUAACCCGAAUAAGGCGGCGGAGACGAUGAAUAAACCGUCGGAGACGAUGAAUAAUUCUUCAUCGGCAGGUAGUUCUUCCUCCGGUGCUGGGGCAGGAGGGCCACCAGGUCAACAACAAAAUCAGCAGGACCCGACGAACACGGCCGUUUUCCAAAUCGAGAAGUGGCUGAACGACGAACAGAAGCAGGAGCUGCAGAAGACCAUCGAGCUGAUCAAGCAGUGCAAGGGGAAACACCAGACGCUGCAAAACAUGGGCGUCAUGCAGGGCAAGGGCCAGCUGCCCGGUGGCAUGACGGGCGAAGACGCGUUGCGGAAGAUCCAGGAGUAUUUGGCACAGCAAUUCAUCAAGCUCCGCACCUUGAAGGGCGCGGCGGCCUCCCGACAAGCGGAGAUCGAGAGGGAAGAGCAGCGGAAGAAAGGGCCGCUGCUGAUGAACCAGGGGCCGCAAAUGCAACUAUUGAAAACUCUCGUCCAGGAGCAACCCGACCGACCCGCGAUCGACCCCCGGCAAGCGGCCUUAGCCGCGGCAAAUCCAACGGGUCCGGUAUUGAACUUCGGGGGAGGUGGAUCCUCGGCGUCGAGCUCCAGUGCAGCAACAGGUGCAAUAAACCUUGUCAACAACCAGCAACCCGCCAGCAGCAGUUCUUCUUCUCGACCCGUUUCCGCCGCGGCCUUGCUGGCCGGCGGGGAACUCGGGCGGCAGCAGUUCACGGGGAACGUGUUUCUCCCUCCGGAAACCUUCCCGGCCCGGGAUCUGCACAAGAAGAUUGCGGGGGAGGACGAUGCAUACUUCAAGCACAUCUUGACAAAAUGGCCCGGCACCGGCGUCACCUUCCACGGGCUGGCGCACGCGCAGGCGCCGGCGGAUAAUCGGUUAAAGAUCAUCGUUUCCUCCACGGACCCCGACAUGGACAAGUUCAAAGAGGCUUUUUCCAACGUGGUGGAUCUCGCCGCCACGGUGACGACGGUGGUCUUACGAGAGCUCGGGGUCCCAGACGACGAAAGGGAGAGAAUCAAGAAGAGCAUGCGCACGGAGAUGUUCUCGAUUGACGCCAACGGGACUCAGAAAAAGAUUACCAAGGCGGAUUCGGACGAAGAAGACACGGUGGAAUCCGACGCAACCGUGCAAGGUAGCAGUGAUGAAGAUGAGUUUUAGCCGAUUUUUAGACGAUACUAGAAGUGGUGUUACACCACUUUUAUAGAUGAAUAAACCCAAAUACACCACGUGUAUUUGGGUUUAUUCAUGGUUUUAGUAUAGUAGUCUUUUUACCGCAUGGUAAUAUCUAUAUGGUGACAUCACAUGGACAUGGCAUACGAGUUGUUUGAUUGAUUCGCAUAAUCUCUAGUAAGAACCGAAAGUGAAACAUCCCGCACAGAAAAAUGGUUACAGCUGCCACACAUUUUGAACACAUUUGACUACUUUAACAUCUGCUACCGCUGCUGCAACAGAAGCUCCCUGCCCCAGGAGGAAGAUGCAUAUCCUGCAUGUAAGAUGAUCAAUGUAAAUUUUUCCUCUGUCUGACACAGAUGACGAGAGUCCCGUAGCUGGUGGAAACAACAACACCACCAAUGGGAUGAACCAGCCUGGUGGACCCCGCCCAAGUGGAAGUCCGAACUUCGGCCCUAAGGGAGGAGGUGGAAACGCUAUGAACAAAGGAGGUGCUAAUUAUGGCAAAGGUGGUGGAAAACUUGGCGGGGGCAUGAUGAAUAACAAAACCGGUGGUGGAGGAGGAAAAAAGGGAGGUUGGUGGUGAGCAGAGAAAUGUUGUACAUCAUGGUUAAUUUCAGCUCUCGCAGAAAAAUGAAACUGAAACGCGACACGACAUCUAAAGUUGUACAUGCGGUGGAAAACUAUCAAAAUGAAGAUCAUUCGGCACUAGUAGUGUCAUACUGAUCGUCGACAACAUGAACAUGUAUGUGCUCCCCACACUUGAGAAUAUGACUACUUCAUGAUCCACUUCUUGGAAAGAAUAAAGUAAGAAAAGUUAAAUCAAAAAGUUACCGGAAGCUGAUCACGAACCAAUCUGACCAUCGGAUGAAGAAGCAAGAAAAUAAGUUAGGACUUUCUUCUGUGUUACUAUACGAGUUCUUUGUAAAGUUGUGAACGAAAAGCGGAAACAAAGGCAAUGAAGAGUCACAUCGCUAGUGGAAACGACUAUACGCCAUAGACUAAUAAUUCCUGCAGAAAAUUUUUCUGAGUUGAUCGUAUGAAUGAGAUGAAAUUUAGAGAAUGCAC